AUGCGCAAGUUUCUCACAAAGAACUCGCUCUUCCUGGGCCUGUCCCUGGUGCUCGUCUGGGUGUUGGCGGGCAUCGUCAGGGAGCACAGAGAUGAGAUCCACGCGGAGUUGCACGAAAAAGUCGACAAGGUGCGGCAGAAGAUCCCAAAGGUCAAGGUCGACUGGCACAAGCUCUCGUCGACGGGCCACUUCGUCGACGACGAGGACUCAUCCCCCUCGCCGUUCAACCGCACCAAGCUGGCCAUCCUCGUAGAGCCGAGGCCGUUGCCACAUCUUGUCCCGCAGAUCCUGCACAUGAUCUCUGUCGUGCCGCCCGACUGGAAAUUCCUCUUUGUUGGCUCGAACCAGUCCGUGAUCAGCGUCGGGCGGGCCUGGGCGACAAAGCACCAGCAGAAGAUUGGCAAGCUGGAUCUCAUCACCAUGCCUGAGCCAUGGCAGAUCAACUCGAAAGAGGGCGUCUUCCGGCUCAUGACCGACAUCCGCUUCUACGACGAGUUCCUCCCGGGUGUCGAGUGGCUGCUCAAGUACGAGCACGACAGCAUCAUGUGCGCCAACUCCCCCAUCAGCCUGAACCAGUGGCUCUCGUGGGACUGGACCGGCGCGCCCCGGUCCGGCGAUGACAAGUUCUCCGGCAACGGCGGCCUCACCCUGCGCCGCGUCUCGGCGAUCCGGCGCGUCCUCGCCAUCCAGUCGCGCCUCAACAACACGGACCCGGAGGACGAGUGGUUCGGGCGCCGCGUGCUGGUCCUGCCGGGGGCAAAGGUCGCCUCGGCCGCGCACGGCCAGUUCGCCGUCGAGGACCACUACAUCCCGCAGGCAAUGGGCUUCCACGUGCGCGAGGGUGGCGCCAUCCUGCACCAGCAGGUCUGGAAGAACCACACCCGCCGCAAGGAGAUCUUCGACUACUGCCCGGAGCUCAGCAUCAUCAUGGACAUGAAGCUCGAGCGCGAGCGCUGUCCUAACGACGACCGCGAAGGGUCCCUCACCACCGAGCAAGCCCCUACGCCGACACCCGAGCCGCCCGCCCCUCCUCCUGCUCCCCCGGCCGCACCACCUGCUGCUGCUCCUGCCGCUGCCGCUGCAAAACAGCCCGCCAUCGACGACCAGGGCUUCCAGGUCGAGCCAGAUGCCUCGCCCGAGACGGCUCAGGCGCUCGAUGAGGUCCUCUCCAACAACCAGAACUUUGACCAGAACGGUGCACCCCAGCAGGGCGAGGAAGAGGAAGAGGAGGACGAGGAAGACGAAGACGAAGAGGGGGACGAGUACGAGGUCGUGACGAAGAUCGUGAAGGUCGACCAGAACGGGAACCUGAUUCCGGACGACGACGACGAUGGUAGCACGUGA